AUGGUGGAAUCCGCUGAUCAAACACCUCCUCAAAGUCCUAUCAAUCAUGAAACUCAAAUCGAUACUGAAACCCAAACCAAUUCUUCAGGGAACAUUCGAACCCUAGACCCUUACGUGAUACACCCAACUGAUAAUCCUGCUACAGUUUUAUCUUCUCCUCUUUUGCAAGGUGAUAAUUACGGUUCCUGGGUUAGGGGAAUAACCAAAUCUCUUAAUUCUAAGGGUAAGCUUGGCUUCGUGGAUGGUUCGUUGCCUCCACCUAAGGAUGAACUGCAGUAUCAAUGUUGGAAAAGGUGCGAAGAUCUCAUUGGAAGUUGGUUACUGAAUUCCUGUCAACCUGAUAUUCGAGCAAGUUGUCUUUAUGCUCCGUCAUCUCAUGCAAUAUGGAAGGAUCUCCAGGUGAGGUUCUGUAUAUCUAAUGCACCUAUUCUUUUUCGUCUUAAGUCUGAUAUAGCUACUAUUAGACAAGAAUCGAUGUUCGUCUCUAUGUAUUACACAAAGAUAAAAACUUUGUGGGAUAAAUACGAUUCCCUGGUAGCUGUCACCGAAGUUUGUAUUUGUGGAAAGGGAAAAUCCCUUUUGGAAAGAUUUGAACCAGGAAGAAGAACAACAACACAUUCAAGUGAUCAUCUUCUUCACAUCGAAUCUGCUGCACUCAAUGCAAACCGAUAUGUUCAUCACUCUGCCUCAUCUCAGUCUGUUGUUCGUCCGUCUUCCAGUCAUAAUAAACGCCCAAGGCCUCACUGCGAUUUUUGCAAUCGUCAUGGCCAUGUACGUGAUAGCUGCUAUAAGCUUCAUGGUUUCCCACCUUCGUCAGCAUCGAACCCUGUUGAUGCUAAUGUUUCUGCUUCUCUGGAAUACCAACCUGCACAAAAUCCUGUCAUGCCUGCUUUUUCAGCUGAACAGUACUCGCGCCUGUUAGCUCUCAUCAACACUCCAGCUGAAGACACUCCUAUGGAGCCGAGAGUCAAUUUUGCUGGUAAGCUUCUCACUGUUUUUUCUGAACCAUGGUUUGUUGGUAGUGGUGCUACGCACCAUAUAUGCAACUCCCUUUCUUAUUUCAGUUCGUACUCACCUGUUAAAACGUUAAUUCAAAUGCAACUCCCAGAUGGUACUUAUUCCAUUGUUAAACAUGACCUGUCAACGAAUAGAGUGAUUGGUCAGGGUGAUCUUCAUGAAGGUUUAUAUCAACUCUGGGUUUCUUCAUCAUCACCUAAAGUUUUGUUUAGUAAUAAAACUCCAUUCGACGUUUGGCAUUGUCGACUUGGCCAUCCCAGUUUAGAUCGUGUUCGAUAUUUAUGUAAUUCGCAUAAUUAUAUGCACUCUACUUUUUCUACUGCUUGUGAUGCCUGGGUGCAUGAGCAUGGUAUUCAUCACCAACGUAGCUGCGUUUACACUCCCCAGCAAAAUGGAGUAGUGCAACGAAAGCAUCGACACUUGUUGACUGUUGCUCGUGCUCUUCGUUUUCAAGCAAACUUACCUAUUACCUAUUGGGGAGAAUGA